AUGAGCAGGCCGAAGUACUCCGCCCUGCUGGAGCUCGCAUCAACCCGGCAGUUCCGGCUGCUGAAACUGCACCGUGGUUUUAAUGAGCCCCUCUCGGGGGAGCUGAUCCACUCGACAAUCCAUCAAUCGCCGCCGUUUCGAGCACUAUCGUACACGUGGAACACGGCCUUUGAAGACAAUGAUAGCGAGAAGGACCUGCCACCCAGCGUUAUCAUUGUCGACGGCAUUCCCGUGUCAAUCGGCCAGAAUUUGGCCACGGCGCUAGUUGCCCUUCGUGAUUGGCAUGGCGGCGCUGACGGCUUUGUUUGGAAUGAUGCCAUUUGCAUUGACCAGAACAAUUACGCUGAGCGCGCCUAUCAGGUGUCCAUCAUGGGCGAGAUUUACAAUGCGGCCGACAGCGUUUCUGUCUGGCUGGGAACCGAGGCACAGGACUCGGACCGGGCCAUAGACUUCCUCAGGCUGCUGGCUCGUGUCCACCGGGAGCCCAAGGAUAGGCGCACCAAGACGCUGGCGAUGGCUCGAAAUCCCAAGAUGGAAGCCGAGUGGAAAGCACUGGAUGCGCUUUGGAAGCGACGCUGGUGGCAUCGCGCGUGGGUGCUGCAGGAGACGGCCCUGGCACGGCGAUCCGACUUCAGCUGCGGACGCGGCCUCAUCCUUGACAGUGACGUCUACGACGGCACACAGGCGUUGAGAGAUGUAUGGCCUGCCUUGCGCGAGAUCCUGGCUGUGAAUUACGACAUUGUACUGCGCGAGUCAACCUUUAAUGCCAUCAACGGUAUUACGCGCAUCCGCAAGGCACGUCUAGAAGGCACACUUUUCAACAUGCUGACGUGCCACUUCCGCACCACGAGCCCUCGUGCUACCGAUCCGCGCGACUAUAUCUUUGCAAAAAUGGGCUUGGCCUCAAAUGGCUACUUGGUGAAACCCAGCUAUAGCGAAUCUGUAGAGGAAGUCUACACACGCUUCGUCGUCGACUAUAUAGAAGGCACGCGCUCCCUUGAUAUCAUUCAUUCUGACGGCCGCCCGCGAGUGAUUCCCAAUCUGCCAAGCUGGGUCCCUGACUGGUCCACUCAUCAUAAUGCCGAGCCUAUCCAACCCGAACUGACCGCCACUCAGCUCGAACCGAAUCCCAGCUACCGUCCCUACCGGGCCAGCAACGAGCUACUGGCGUCGGUUGUCUUCGAAUCGCCGGUACCAGUAGCAGAAGGAAGAUCAACUGCAUCAGCAGGUGCGCGGCUUGCCAAGCUGAAAUGUCGUGGACGAUACUUUGAUACCGUUGACGGGGUCACGCGCGUCGACAAGGAGGUUUCGUAUGAGCCAUACUAUACCUACGAGCGCAUUGUUGACCCUGCAGUUGAACCACGGUCUAACAAGAAAAGCUUCUACGCUAGCGAACGCGAAGUGGUCGAGGCCAUCUGCAAUAGCGUCUUCUCGGUAGUCAAUCAUGACGGAAAUUUAUGGCCUGCCGGGUCAAGCAACACCCUCAUCUCGCACUUUGCCAAUGCCGAGGCACUCUUACAGCACAGCGACGAGUAUGACGACUACGAUGGUGACGAAGACAGAAUCGAUUUAGAACUACUAAUUCCAGGGUAUCGCUGCUUGCGUGACUUUAGAAUCGGCGGCCGCACGAUUGCUGAUAUGAUGUGCGGGGCAGCAUCGCACAGGCGCGCUGUAAUGCCGGUACGGAAGGCAAGCCAUGAAUUAUACCACAGAGCCGGUAGCGGUUUUGGACCGCAUGAUAUUGAUAGAAAGUUUAGAGACUCUCUGUUAUAUCGACGCUGGCUGACGACAGCCGACAAGGGCGCAGUAGGCAGCGGCCCGUUGGAAACGAGGGCUGGCGAUGUUGUGGUUAUUCUCAACGGCUGCACGAUUCCUGUCAUACUGCGCCCAGAAGGUGAGGAGCAAUACUCUGUCGUUGGUGCUGGGUUUGUGCAUGGUAUCAUGUAUGGCGAGGCUGCGGAGAAUAAAACUGACGAGCGGUGGUUUGCACUGAUCUGA